AUGGCCAGGCGGGAUGCCGCCGAGAUCCCCGCCAAGGAGGCCGUCUGCUUGGGGGCCUUCACCCCGUAUGGGGAGGCGAUUCUCGCCGCAGAGGCCCAGGCUAGACAGGAGGAGUGGGAUGAGUCAGGUGCCCAGGUGACCCUGUUUGCUGGGCAGCCUGGGGCUCUGGGCGAUGCUGCCCACGAUGAGGAACUGUACACAUACAAGAAUAGUGCAGUGUGGAGCUCUGGGCGGCUGGUGCGCAAGCGAUUCACAUUUCCAGCACCAGUGCUCCAGGCAGCAUGGUGCAAUUUCGAGUGCUAUGGUGAAUCGUCUGUCUUGUGCUUCCUGCACGAGAGGUCCAUCUCCAUUUACUGCCUUUCAGGACAGGUCCAAGACACUCCCUUCGAGAUUCAUCAAAAAUUCACUGCGAUGUGGCCCCUCCCACAAGGAGUGCUGCUCACGGGGAAUACAGGGCAGUGUGCGAUUGCCACCAACCCACUAGAGGAGCUUCAGCCCGUGGUUGUGCAGGAACGGGCAUCGUAUGUCCCCUGGGAUGGGGACAGGGUCAUCUGGAGCAGCAGGGAGGUCCCCUAUGUGGUGACGUUCAAUGAGGAGACUAAAGUUCUUUCCAUUUGGGAGGUGUUCCGACAAGAUCCAGGAAGCAUGCCUGGUUCCUUCAUGUUUGCAUCUCCUGGCAACGGAUUCAAGGGCAGCAUUGGGAGUGGGUUUCUGACACCGGAUGUCACACCAAUGUUUGCAGACUGCACUGGAAAGAGGACACCCAUUCGCACCAAGACGGGGGAACUGUCCCCUGCAGUCUUCAGCGAUCGUCCACCAUCAACCCAUGCCUGCAUGAGCCGAUCGAUGCUCUUGCCAUCCUCAGAGCGAAUCGUUGUUCUCAGGGCAAAGCUUGCAAGCUCAUUGAAUCCAGAUGACUACCCUGAUGAGGCAUGCCUGGCAAGCGACAUGGCCGGAACGCCGCUGAUUGCUGUGCUGUCCAGAAAUACACAACGGCUUGUGGUCUAUUUUGCAAGCAGUGGCCCCAGUGGCGUGCACUUCGCUUUUCGCGAUGAGGGCGUUGCUGGCAUUUCAGCGGUGCAGGCAUUUGGGAUCGGCAACAAACGUGGCAUGACGCACAGCAGCCUGGUUGUGUUGAAGGUCAAUGGGGAUGUUGUGCUGUGCAAAGGUCAAGAGCCCUUCUGUCGGAUCUGGAUUCCCCCUGUGCUGGGAGAUUACAUGAGGGAUCAGGAGAACAGCAGACAGGAGGGAACUGACUGGGUCGAUGACAUGGACAUGUCACCUACGCCCACGAAAUCAGGCGGGGGCACAUUUGGAGGCGGGACGUUCGGGAAGGGUCAGGGCAAAGUGGUGGGUCUCUACGAUGGCAUUGGCAGUCGUGUGACUGUGCAGUUUGAGGAUGGCACACAGGCCAGAUGUGCAAUCCCCUUUUCCCCAGCUUAUCCACUGCCGUACAUCCCCAUGGAGGCCCUGCAACACGCCCUGCGACAAAACCUGAAGGUCUACUGGGAGCUCCAUCUGAAGUGGCUGACCCACGCAGACACAUGCCGUGGAAAGCAUGAGAACGACUGGAUAGCUUUCUGUGAGGUCUUCUGCUUGCAGUUUCUUACUCCACCAAGCCGCCCUCUUUCUCCAGGCUUGGGCAGCCCUGUUGUGCACAGGAAGAAUCAGGUGCCAAAGGAUGAAUGGUAUUCAGGCAUGUUCUCUGGAGAGGCAGCUCCCAAAACAAGGAGAAGGAUGCUAUGCAGUCCUAUUGAGGAAGAAGGAAACGAGGCACUGAACCAAAUGCUUGCCUCAAAGAUGCACACCAAGCUGUUGUCAUCAAAACGCCACCAUUGGAUAAAAGAGAGUGAAGAAGGCAGUGUGCCACCGCACCUGGGGAAAGAGAUGCUGGCCACUGUGGGCCAAGAUUCUCUAGUGUGGAAUUGCCUGGAUGCUCUCCACUCUGUCUACGAGGAUUUCAAACUGCGCCUGACUCGCUGGCCCUUGAUCAAAAAACUGGGGGAGAUGCUUGCUGUUGUGGCGUUGAAUGUGGGUGCGGUCCAACACCUGGACCACUAUGCCAGGGACAUUGGCCCUGGUGCCCUCAGGAAGCUUGGAAUAAAGUACCCGCUGCCGGCCAAGACAUUUGCAGCUGACAAAUCUAUCCCUAAAGACAUACACAAAGUUCUGUUGGAGACCCUCAAUGGCAGAGAUGGUGACCUGUGGACUCCUGCCUUGGUGCGGGACGGUGCAAGGUGUGUGAGAUGGUCGGCAAUGCUGAAGAAGUGCUAUGCAGUGCUUGGCUCCUGCGCAGAGCGCUGCUCAAAGUUGCGACUAAAUGGCAGGAUGACUCAGUCAGAGGGGAUCAUGGCAGCCCGCCGUGAGCUACAUAAGGCCAGCAAGGAGGUUGUCCAGCUGCUGGUUCGGUGGGGCUGGACGCUGUUGGACCUGCAGUCCGUUCCCUUCGGGGUGGUCCUUCCCAUUCGGGAGGCACUGCAGAGAUGCAAGGCACAUCCCCCCACUGGUUGGCCAAUCGAAGCAUACACGCUGAUCGGAAGGGAUGACAUCGUAGCUACUCUGAACCCAUCACCCACCCACAUUGUGAUGGGAGACCGUUCGUGGAUCGGAAGAGGGGUCGCUUACACGCCCCCUGGUGCUGGGCAAGGGGCGAUGUCCCCACACGAGGGCCUCCAUGCCAAGCCAGCUCCCAGUGGGUUGGCAAAUGGCAGAGGCACCAGCAUGCACCCUCACUGGGGCCGGCCAAGGCACAUGAUUGGGCCACCUUAUACACGCCGGCUGUUGGUGCCCAGCCUGGACGACGAGGCAAUUGCUGAGAGCCUAAAUGAUCAGUCGAUGGAGGAGGGUGCGCCAAAGAAGUGGAGUGAUGGGAUGGAAGACGUUGUAGCAGGCAUUGGGCGCCUCAGGUUCAGUGCUGACAUGAGGCUGCAGGAGGUUCGCAAGCUGUUGGGUUCGUCUGUGCCUGUCAUGGUGAGCCUCUCCGCCCUCAAUACCCAUGAUGGCGACAAUGAGAUGCACAACAAGAUGCAGGCGCGGCUGAUGGGGCUGUCGGUGCGCACCAUGGCACUGUCCGUUGGCCGGGGGGCAUUCACUUUGGGCACCGUCAUGCCACAGCCCACUGAAGAGAUGCAGAUCCCGGACCUCUGCCUGGCAGGACGGACCACAGAGCGGGGUAACAUCGUCAAUUUGGACUUAUCGCAGCACCAACCAGGCCAAGCUGCUGAGAUCUCUGGGUGGCCUGAGUUCCACAAUGGCGUUGCAGCUGGCCUGAAGCUGGCACCCAAAGGGGCUGAGGCGUCCAGGUCAUGGCUGGCGCACACGCGGCCCAUGGAGCCCUCUCAUGUCAAAGCGGGAAUGUUCCUGGCAAUAGGCCUUGCUGGUCACCUGGACAAGAUUACAAACCCAAACGUGACUCGCUUCCUAGGCCUGCAACACAACCCCACCAUCAUUGCUGUGCUAUUGGGACUGGGAGCAUCGAGGCUGGGCACCAUGGAGGAGAACGCAAACACCACUAUGUUCCUUCACCUGCCACACCGCCACCCACAGAACCUCCCAGAGUUGGAGAUGUCUUCACAUGUACAGGCUGCCAACCUGAUGGCCCUGGGACUCCUCUACCAGGGCACAGCGCACAGGAUGAUGACAGCGUUGCUGCUGGAGGAAAUCGGCCGACGACCUGGGCGGAGCACCACCGUUGACAUCGGCUAUGGAAACUCGAAUGGGGGUGUGACGCAAGACCGUGAGGGGUAUGCCCUCGCUGCUGGUCUUGCCCUUGGCCUUGUAAACCUUGGCAAUGGAGGCCAGGCUUGCGGACUGGAGGAUCUGCGCAUCGAGGAGUGCCUGAGGUACUACAUGGUUGGUGGCCACGAUCCCAGGGGCACGAUGCGUCCGCGCGGCUCACAGCAGCAGGCGGUGAUGAACACGGGCUUGGAGGGUCUACUUGGACCAGGGGGAGUGCCCUGGGACCCAGAUCUGAGGGACGCUGAGAUGGUGGAGGACCUGCCAGGUGUGAACAUCAGUCUCGCGCGGGAUCAGGCCAGUCGGGGCCUGGACGGGGACCAUACGCAGGUGCAUGGGGUGUCACAGGUAGUCCUUGAGGGCGAGAUGGUGAACUUGGAUGUCACCUCUCCAGCUGCCACAGUAGCCCUGGCACUGAUGUACUUGAAGACCAACGACAGGAACAUCGCAUCCUGGUUCAAGAUCCCUCAGUCCUCCUUUGAACUGGACUAUGUGUGCCCGGACUUCAUUCUGCUGCGUGUGCUGGGGCGGGCGUUGGUCAUGUGGGAAUCGAUCGAACCCACAGAGGACUGGAUCAGGGGCCAAAUGCCAGACUUUAUGCGUGGCCCUUUAUGCACCUACAUGAAUGUGGACAGUAUGUUUGGAGGGGGUCAGAAACGGAUGUCACUGGAAGUGCAGGUUGUGGCGCAUGCACACAUCAAUGCCUGGGCAGGUGCCUGCCUAGCUAUUGGGCUGAAAUUCGCUGGCACAGCAAAUGCCCAGGCAGAGUUUCUGCUUCGGAAGUACGUGCUGGAGUUUCUGGCACACAAGAAGAAAGUUCCAGAUGCAUCAGCACCAGGCCAGCAGACUUAUGGCCGUCUUGACAAGCAGUCGAUCGAGCUGAGCAUCGAUGUGUGCGCCCUCGCCCUGUCAGCAGUGAUGGCAGGCACUGGACACCUGCCCACACUGCGACUCCUCCGCGGUCUGGCCAAGCGCCUCAGUGUGGCACCCCUCCAGGUCGCACCCAACUCGGGCACUGUGGGUGGCCUGCACUACGGCAACCACAUGGCCAUCAGCAUGGCCCUGGGCUUCCUGUUCCUUGGGGGCGGAAGCAGGUCGUUUCGCACUGAUAGCCUGGCAGUGGCCAUGCUGCUCAUCUCGCUGUUCCCAAAGUUUCCUCAGAACCCGAUGGACCAGAGGUGCCACCUUCAGGCCUUCCGGCACUUGUAUGUUCUGGCGACUGAGCCACGAUGCAUGGAAGCUAUUGAUGUGGAGACGCGAGAGGCUGUGUAUGUGCCGAUCAAAGUCACCCUCAAUCCCAAGCAUUUCAGGUCAUCGAAGUCACCCCCCUCGUCUUCGCUCCACUUUGGGGUCCAACCAUCCAGCCCAUCCACAAGCAAUGAGGCAGGCCCAGUAGACGAUCCGAUGGCGAUUGAGCAGGACAGACCCGACGUUUGGGACUUGUCAUUUGAGCGCAUGAUGCCAUGCCUUGUGCCAGAACGACCUAUGGUCAGUCGCAUCGAGAUCCUUGGGCCCAGGUACUGGCAGCAGGCCAUAGAGGGCCCAGAGAACCUCUCCCACGUCUACAAGACCCUGAAGAUCUUCGUGAAGAAGAAAGCUGGGGCUCUGUCGUAUGCACACGACAACUCAGGCGUGCGGUCGCUGCUGUCCUGGGCUGUGCACAACUCCCUGGCAGACCCACAGACCCAUGGGGGUUUCGACUUGGUGCACUUGUGCGCCACCUUCUCUGCCGAUCCAUCCAUCAUGGCUUUCGCAAACAGGCUAUGCUCGCCAGGACCAAAAGCAGAGAAAGGAACGCGGCCAGGCGCGUUGAACACUUCGAGCUCAGGACAACUCGAUGCCACCCAUGAGUUCCAGCAGUUCUGUCGCAGUGCACUACACGAGUGUGCCACGCAUGAAAAGCUCGACAUCCUGCCCUCCUACGUCUUCCUGUACUCUGCUGUGCAGACCCUCGCCUCGGUGCCGGGGGAUGGGGGGGAUUGGAGUGGCCAGCACGACUGGAGGGAUGGCCCAGACUCUGGAGCUAGUGGAGCACAGUUGGGGAAGCUGGCGGCAGGGCCGACGGUCGCAUUGUGGAGUCUGAAGCUGUGCCUAGAGUACUACAAAGGUGCUUUGGGGAAUCUUUUUGAUGAUCUGGAAAAGGACACACAGGGCGGCAUCUCAGAAUCGGAGGAAGCCAGCAGCAGCAGCCCCACCUCCUGGGAACCUCUCCUGCAGCCCUUGUUCUUGAAGAGCCUGUGGACGCUUCUGGAGCUGCAGUGGGAAAGGGCGUCGUUCCUGUCAUGCGGGGGGACGUCAGGCGGUGACUGCGUGUUGAAGAGAUACGUGUGCGAUGGGAAGUGGACCUGCAAGGACGCGAGCAGGGACGCGGCAGGGGAGGACUGCGGCUGGCAGGAGCACCAAUUCGGCGUGUUUCUUGCCAUGAACGACAUUCCGUCGGCGCCCGAAAUUUCCGCCACCCUGGCUCACGCUCGAAGUCAGAAGGACCUCCCCCAAAGCCCCUCAAAAGCGGAGCUGCUGCACUUUCUGAGGACGAGGUUCCAACACAUUUCACCGCAGGGGGCGGUCGUCUUGGCGAAGUGCCGCGUGUAG